AUGGGGCUGCGUCGUCGGGGGCUAGAGCUGCGACGACCACGGCUUGGCUGCGACGUCCACGGCUUGGGCUGCGACGAUCGCGGCUCGGACUGCGGCGACCGCGGCUCGGACUGCGGCGACCGCGGCUCGGACUGCGACGUCCACGGCUCGGACUGCGACGACUGGGGCUCCGGCGACGAGGACUGCCGCUCCGGCGGGGAGGGCUCGGGCUCCGACAGCGGGGGCUCGGGCUACGACGGCGAGGACUGGGGCUCCGACGGCGAGGACUGGGGCUCCGGCGACGAGGACUGCCGCUCCGACGUUCGCCUUCCGGGCUGCGGGGACGAGGGCUACGACGACGCGGGCUUUCCUCACGCUUGUUCGGGCUCGGUGUGCGACGCUUGGGGCUAG